CUUUUAUUUCACAGCCUCCAGGAGAGGAUCAUCUUGUCAUUACGGUUUAUGGUGCAACUAUUCUUUCCUCUAAGGAUGAGGGAGCCAUUCAGUCUCAGGUGAAGAGAAUGCUGAGACUCUCUGAUAAGGAUGAACAAGAUGUCACAUAUUUUCAUAAGCUUCAUCCACAUGCUGAGGCCAAAGGAUUUGGUCGGUUGUUUCGAUCACCAACCUUAUUUGAAGAUGUGGCCAAGUCUCUUCUUCUUCGCUUUUGCCCGUGGAAGACAUCUUUGGAUCGGGCAAAGGCUAUUUGUGAUGUACAACUGAAAAAAGUCAGAAUGUCGAAAAGAAAGAGAGCAAAUAUUGGAGACUUCCCUAGCCCGAGAGAAUUAGCAAGUUUUAGAGAGGAAGAGCUAAAGAAAUUUGGAUAUAGAGCAGGGGACUUGAUUAAGUUGGCUAAACAAGUUGUUGAUGGAAAAAUUAAGUUUGAUAGUGCUGAUGAAGGGUACUACUCUAAGUUGAAGAUAAAUGGUGCUGGUCCUUUUACCACUAAUACUAUCAUGAUGUGUAUUGGACACUAUCAUAAUAUUCCAAUUGAUACUGAAACGUUGCGUCAUAUGAAAGAGUUUCAUGGACUUAAUAUGAGAAAGCGUAAAAAGGGACCAAUUAGUGUGGAAACAAAAGCGAAAAUACAAGAAUUCUACAAGAUUUAUCAUCCAUUUGAGUCUUUGGCUUACUGGUUUGAACUUGCCAACUUUUACGAAAUAAAACUUGGCAAGACAUUAGGUGAGUUAUUACCAUCAGAAUAUCAUCAUGCCACCGGAAGCAAGAAAUGUUUAGGUAACAUGAGAUGUGAUGUGAUGUGUGAUGGAUAG